AUGGGCGGUGCGGAGAGGGACGAAGACGAACUGAUACAGGUCACUAUUCUCGACUUCCUGACGGGCAAUGUGUUGCUAAGCCGCCGGCUCGUGAAUCCAACAAGACCCAUCCUGGACUGGCGUGAAAACGUCACCGGUCUAAAUGCGACCAAAAUGUCUGCAGCUCUCUCACGGAAUGAAGCCCUGAACGGCUGGGAAGCCGCUCGCGCUGAACUUUGGCGCUGUUCUGAUAAGGACACGAUCUUCAUCGGGCAGUCAGUCCGCAAUGAUCUACGUGUGCUACACACCUCCCAUGCGAGGGUCAUUGAUUCCGCCAUCGUCACUGCAGACGCCGUGCUCGGAGCAGAGUCCAAGAUCAAGAAGAGAUGGGGUCUGGAGGCGUUGUCCAAGGAACUCCUAGGCAUCCAGAUUCGUUCUCCGAUUUGGGCGGCUGACGGGGUACUACACGAUGAUUUGGAGGAUUGUUUGGCGACGAGAGAGGUAGUGCUGUUUUGUGCCAACAACCCGGAUAAGUUGAAGAGUUGGGCCCAAAGGGCGAAGACAUCCUUUUAUAAGAAGAAAAAGAAGAAGGCCAAGGCGUCCGAGGACGAAUGGGAGGAUGAAGACGAACAGCCGUUGAGGUGGGAAGAUGUGGUGGACUGGGAUACAUGGCCGAAGUCGCCCCCAGAUUCAGAUUAG